AUGCUUCUCUCGUAUUUCCCAUUUAUUAGUGUUCGAGGACCAAAAUAUUUUCCGGUGAUGGUACUUCCCGAGGAUGAUAGUGAUCUGUUGGGUAAAUCAGUGGAACAGUUGAAUUCCGAUCUGAGUCAUCGAGACACGAUCAUUAAGCACAAAUUGAUUGAUGAGUUGACCGUCCCGGACACAUCACAGCGUACUGAGGAGAAUGAGGUGAACGAAUUCAUCGCUCGGUCCACCAUUAAAACUCGGUUGAAAUGGGUGUUUUUCCCAGAGUAA